AUGGAACGUUACACGCUACCCUUACCACAAGGACUUCACAACUCUCUUACUAUACCUUGGACUCAACCACAACAACAACACCAAGAACAACAAUCACCUUCAUCAUGGUCCACACCUAACUCCGAACCUAAACUCAACACCAACGACCAAGACAUUGCCAUUGCUAUUGCCAUGGCUGCUUCCACUACCUCUCUCCCUUUCUUCAAACCAGAACCUGAUAACUUCUAUAACCUCAACUCCACUACUACAACAACCACCAACAACAACAACGUUGUUCCGUUUGUUUCAAAUCAUACUUCAACUAAUGAUAAUUUUCUCAUGCACCAAAACACAAACACCAUGGAUUCAAUUUCAAAUCCACACCCUUUCUUCCACAACAACAACAACAACUACUUCUUCAACAAUACCAACAACAAUAAUAACCCUUUUGAGAUGGGAUUCGAAAAUGGAUUCUUUAUGGGAAACAAUAACACCAACGCUUCCAAUUCGCCUGUUUUUAUGGGUGGCUCCCUUGACCUGAGUUCCGCUUCCGAGUUUCCACCGAGUCUUGAACUCGAUGCUUCUGUAGCACCUUUUAGUGCUUCUUUUUCUAUGCCUCUUGAGCUGUCUCAACCGCAACCUCAACAGCAGCAGCAGCAACAGCCGACGACACUGUUUCAGAAGCGGCGAGGGGCGUUGGAGAUUCCGAGGUUGGAGACGGUGGGGAACAAGAAGAAGAGAAAAGUGGAGAAGAAGUGGGAAGAAGAUGGAAAUGGUGGUGGUGAGGAUGAUGUUGAGGAUUUUUCUGAGUUGAAUUAUGAUUCUGAUGAGAAUGGAAAUGAUUUGAACAAUUCCAAUGGGACUGUUGUUACUGGUGGAGAUCAAAAGGGGAAGAAGAAGAAAGGGCUUCCUGCAAAAAAUCUCAUGGCGGAGAGGCGUCGGAGGAAGAAACUCAAUGAUAGGUUGUAUAUGCUAAGGUCUGUUGUUCCAAAGAUUAGCAAGAUGGACAGGGCUUCGAUACUUGGUGAUGCAGUUGACUACUUGAAGGAGCUACUGCAGCGGAUUAACAAUCUUCAUAACGAACUGGAAUCAACUCCUCCUGGCUCAUUGCUGCAACCUUCUGCAAGUGCAAGCUUUCACCCGUUGACACCCACUCCGCCGACCCUUCCUUGCCGAGUCAAAGAAGAUCUAUAUCCUAAUGACUUGCUAAGCCCUAAAAACCAAUCUCCUAAGGUGGAAGUUAGGGUAAGGGAAGGGAGAGCCGUCAACAUUCAUAUGUUUUGUACCCGAAGACCGGGACUUUUGCUUUCUACCAUGAGGGCUUUGGAUAACCUUGGAUUGGAUGUUCAACAAGCUGUUAUUAGUUGUUUCAAUGGCUUUGCUUUGGAUGUUUUCAGAGCCGAGCAAUGCAGAGAAGGUCAGGAUAUUCCCCCCGAGCAAAUUAAAGCAGUACUUUUGGAUUCGGCAGGAUAUCAUGGUUUGAAUUGA